GGCUGUGCUGGCGAUUCGGCGAUGUUCUCGCUUCUCUCAGUCCGAGUGCGCUGCCUCGCGGUGCCCGAACUCCUUCCUGCGCUCAGGCGCUGUUUUGCGGCGGCAUCGGGCACUGGUGUUGCAUCCGGGAAGUUCGGUCGCCUUCCUCCGGGUUACGGGAAGACAACGGCAUUCGGCAUCUAUGUGAAGGAGAAUUUCGCAUCCAGACCGGACGAGCAGCCAACCGAAGUGUUUAGCAACCUCACGAGACAGUGGAAGGGCCUCAGUGAAGACGAUAAAAAAAAGUAUUUCGAUGAGGCCCGGCGUGUUAAUGAGCAGAAGAGGUUGAAGCUCGAAGCGAUGAGCGAAGCCGAGAGGGAGGAGCUGCAGAGACAGGGCCAGAGCUUGCGCGAAGCCCGCCUGAAGCGCAGGAUACGCUUGGAGAGGCGUAAGAAGCGUGAAGAUGGCAUCCAGCGGCCCAUGUCAGGGUGGACGCUCUUUGUGAAGGAAAAAGCUGUCAAAGGCGCUUCCGCUCCCGAUAAAAAGCAGCAGGACGUAAUCAGAGAGCUUGCCGCUACUUGGAAAUCUCUUCCUGAAGAUGCAAAAAAUGCAAGUCAUUUUGCAUUUCUCUCGUUACCCAUCAGUUUUUAUACGUUUUGUGCUGCGUAG